CCGUCGACAAACGAGGAAGCCACGCGCAAGGAGGAAAAUUGAUUUCGAAUCUUGUUUUUCUGUCAAGAUUACGUAAAUUAAGUAUGCGGCAUGAGUAUCGCAACUUCCGAUAAACGGAAAUAACGAUGACUUGAAUAGAUAGCGAGAGGCGUCGAUCGAUCAUCCGGUGUUAUCGCGCGGAGAUCGGAAAUUACAGCUAGUAUUUCAGAAGCCGUGUCUCGUCACUUAAUUGCCGAUAGAGACGAUAGACCUGGGAAGUAAACUGUAAGAGUAAUGAGGAAAACACUUCUCUCACAUUUCAUCUUAAAAAAGUAGCCAAUACCAGAGUCCAAAAACAAUGACAGGAUCUUGACAGAUAUUUAAUUAAGUGGGGAAAGAGAAUCUUCAAAUCUUUGUAAAUCGUUUAACGAAUAUUUGUAAGGUGUUACUUUUGGGACACCCUGUAUAAUUCGGAAAGAGGAACAGGCUCACAACAAGCUGCCGUAUCACUGCCGGCGCCGGUAAUGUAUAUCAGAGCACGUCUCCGUUGCAGAGUGCCUAAAACACACGGUUAUCAAAUGGAUAUCGUGUGGUGUUCCUGAAAGAGGUAAAUCGCAGCCGAUCGUCGAUGUGGAAUUCGCCUCUUCGACGCCCAACGAGAAUCGAAUUCCACGGAGUGGGGCUACGCGCGGUUCACGUCUCGCAGGGAACGCGCGUGACACGUAGAUUGUUUGCAUGUGCACAGGCAGAUCGGCGAUAGCGUGGCAUAUGUUCCGUUGAAGCGAGAGCCGGCGUAUACGACUUCGAAAGCAAGAGUGAUGGGAAUCGACGGUAUGAGAGUCGGCGGAGGCAGAUGUCCGCCCCUCCUGGUCGGAGGACUCCUACUGGCAUGCCUCAUGCUCGUCUGCAGCUGGUGGACCUUGUCUUCCGAGAAUCUGGAGCUCGUUAGGCAGAUCGACGAUCUGAACGAGCAACUCAAAAUUAGUGCUGAAGAAAGGGAUCAGUGUGUAACGUUGCGUGGUAACUUGGAACAAAGAUUCAAACACACAGAAGAUGAGUUGGCUUCCUUGCAUGUCCGUUUGGAGCAGCAGAUUGAUCUUAAAAAGAAAAAUGAAGAACUCGAGGACUCGGUUACUAUGUGUAAAAGUGAACUAGACUCAUUAAACAAAUUGGACGCCACGAAAACUGCAACAUUAGAAACAUUGAGAUUAGAAAAGGAUACAAUUAAUACUCAAUUAGAUGCAAAGAGGGAUGAAAAUAAAAAACUACAAGAGGAAAUAGAUAGAAUUAAAGGAGAAGUAGAUCAACUUAAACUUAGUUGCAACUCGCUAUCUGAGAAGAAAGAAACUCCAAAUCUCGAGCCACCAACGACAGUGGUCAUUAACAAGUCACAAUUGCAUCCGGUACCGAAGUCUGCUGUAAGAAUAUCCGUAGCUGGUCAGCGAGGUUUGAAGUUCCAUGGAAUUCCGAUCCUACCAACAAAUCCACCUGGUGCUGUGCGCCAAACUCCUCGUUUCUCAGUGACUAUGCCAAAGAAAGUUGAAACGGAAUCGAAAAUCAAUCACACACCGAACUAUGCCUCAGAGCAGGAUACCUCAGUUGCCAAUGACUUGGAAGAUCCUGAAAAUCGUGCACGUGAUAACAAUGGAGAUGACACACAAAACACAGAAGGGACUAUGCUACUUCCAGAAAAUUAUGAGGCAGAAGAUAAAGUGCAGGAUACCACAAAAAAACCAGAAGACAAAUUUAUAUAGUAUCGCGCAUUAUAACUUAGAAAUAAAUAAUACAGACUUGCAAAAUGCAAGCAAAAAGAUUUGGAUCAUAUAAUGAAUUUUUUAACUAUAAUGCAUUGUGUAAAAUAUUAUACUCAUUUAAUUAUAUCGUACACACAGUCUUAAUUAUUCUCAUGAUACAAAUAUUUUUUACACAUUAUUAUCUUAAAAUAUAUACUUUUUUAAAAUAGGUUUUUUUGUAUUAGAAGAUGAAACUACAAAAUAAUGUACGGAUGUGCCAAAAUAAGUUGGUCGGUUUUGUACAUUUGUGGCCAUAUGAAAAAUUAUAUAUUUAUAUAAUAUCUAAGCGAAUUAUACUGUGAUCUGAAAAUAAAUAUCAACAAAAUUAUACUCAAUAUUUAGAUAUAAGACAUUUGCAAUAAUUUUUUGAUAAGACAUUGUUUUAUAUUACUUAAAAGAAAAAAUAAAUAAGGCUAUGCGAUAAAUUAUAAAUGUAUUACAUAAAAAUAAAGAUGAGCAAAGCCUUUAAUUAUUAUUUUUAUCUGACUUUGUUGCCAAAGUUUUAUUAUAUAAUGUUAUAAGAUUGACAACAAACAAUAUAUUUGGUUAAAAAAAUAUUGCAAUUUCUUUUGAAGAUGAUGAUUUAAAAUUAUAGUACAUUUUUAAUAAUGAAAAUUAUUUAGGCAUGACAUUGAUUAAUUAUUUCAAGUUUCAUCUCUUCAUAUUACAUACCUUUUAUUGUAAAAUUCUUUUAUAUGAUGUGAAAUAUAUUAGUUUUGUAUGAGUGUAUAUCCAAAAUAUACUCAGCUUACAUAAAA